UCUUUCCCUAGGGUUAGAGAGAAACAUGGAGAGAGAUGUUGGAUUUUUUUUUUUUCCUUUGUGAAAUAGUGCUUUGAAAAACAGUUGGAGCUCAUGAAUGAACGAGGAUCAAUGAUAUAAAGAACACAGUCAAAAUUAGUUUUCUUGUAUCUCAGAUGGCUAAAUUUUCAUCUAGAAGUCAUCCCUUUUGCUUUGCAAACUUGUUUGCCUAAACAAAUGAGUACCACUUUAAGGUCUCUCUUGUUUUUGAAGCUGAGCAUUUGAAAUACAAAUUAGUGAAUGGAUCUACAAAAAAAAAAAAAAAAAACCCAAACACAAUAGAGAUCAAGGUUCUCUGAAAUCCUUCAGACAAGUAAUUUCCAGAUUCCCCUGAGUGUACUAAAAAGCCUGUAGCUGUAGGCAUCCCCCUUCCCAAAUCUGGCGAUAUAGUAGAGGAAAGCCAAAGGGGAAAUGGAAAGGGGAGAGAAAAAAGUGUUAUUUAUUGGCAAUCAGGAGAAAUCUCAGUUCCUAAAUGGUGAACUUAAAAAUAUAAAGGGUCUCAAAAAGUUACUUGUUUUUGUUACAGUCUUCAUUUAAACAUUUUAUGCACACUGUAAUAACCUCUAAAUUCUCAAGUGGAGUGGAAGAACUUUGCUGUCAAAGUUGGAAAAAGGCAAAAAAUACCCUUGUGUAGGGAAACAAAUUUAGCAGCCUGUCAAGAUCAGCUGUAAAAUACAAGUCUUGCCAUAGUGAUUUAAGGCUCCACAAAAACUAGGACAAAUGAAAAUAUUAUUAUUUGCACUUCUUAAGAGUGUAAAUGGAGGAUAGGACUCCUGACUGUCCAAGUUAACACAAGCCAUGAAAAAAAAUGGAAAUUCUUUUCAUAAUUUGCUCAUGGAAUGAUAAUAUUUUUCAGUGAGGUAUUGAUGUGUGUUCAUAAAGUCUGAAGUAGAAUAAACCCACUUAAUUAGUGGAGGAGAGGAGCAUAGAAGGACAUAGCCACAAAAGUGAUUUGUUUGCAAAAUAACCUGAACAUGCAAAGAAACUUUCUGAAUUUACAGUAAUCAGCUGUUUUGAAUGGAAAUAUUCUAUAAGCUUGUGAAAAACAGGGCAAACACUGGCUUGCCUUUUUUUGGGAACAUAUUAAUGUUAGUUUUCUUGGCAUAUGGUAUUUUCCUCUCCAAAGUAAACUUACGGAGUAGCCGUGUUAUUCCUUCCUGUUUUUUAAAAUACAUUUUGGAGAUCUCAAAUGCUCCUGGAACUUUGUUCCUGGAAGAUGUGCUACAGCUGUGUGUCUGCCAGGCAAUAGGCAAGAUGGAAGCACUGGACCAGCUGAGCCUGAGAAAGGUAAAAAAGGGUCUCUAACACCUGGAUCUAUGAGUCAGUCCAAAGAACCUCUUCUAUUCAAAGACUUUCCACAAAACUCUACUGUCAAAGAAUAGCAGCUUUACAAAGGGACAGCCUUUAUGUGAGACUGGGAUGUCCUAACCUGGCAGUGCAGAGAUGGACACCUUCCCUAAAUAUGAUUCACUGUGAGGAGCUCAAAAUGAAGAAGAAAGAUGCAGAGGAUUGCAUGGAGCUGUGCCCCCAUCAGUGUGUCGAGAUGGAAAGGUGUGAAAGCAAAGAGCUGGAUGUUGAAAUAAGGAACCUGAUAGGGAAGAGCAGCACUUUGGAGUCCUGUGAGGACCCCAAACCUCUUGCCCAAGAGAGGCUGAGCCCUCAGAGAACUUCAUGUUCCCUUAAGAGCCACGGUGAAGGAAACGCUCUAGGCUGGCUUGGAUGCACCUGGGCAGGUGGGAGUGACAUGGAAGCUCCAGCAGAACCAUUGCAGUCAAGGCACACAUUACUGAGCAAAAAGAAGCCUUUAUCUUCCAACUCUCUGGAGCAACAGAUCCUCACACUGGAAAGACAGAGACGAGAGCUUUUGGAGGUGAACAAGCAAUGGGAUCAUCAAUUUAGAAGUAUGAAACAGCUUUAUGAAAAGCAGCUGACAGAGAUGAAGGCAAAGCUGGAUGUGUCAGAGAGGAGAGUGAGCGAGCUGGAGCAGGAGAGGCACCAGCAGCAUCCAGAGGAAGGGAGGUGGCAAGUGCUGGGCAGAGAGAAACUGCUGCAGGAAAAGAAAGAUACAGAGGUCCUUAGUGAAGCUCUCCAUGAAAUGAAGGAAGAGAACAGGCUCCUGAAGCAGAAGAAUGCUUCAAUGACCAGGAGGAAGGAAUACUAUGAGAGUGAAAUAAGUCGUCUCAACAAGGCCCUUCUGGACACACUGAAAAAGCAGCACCCACCAGUUGUUGGGACUCCUCCAGGGAAGGGUGACAGGAACAGCAUUGAGGAGAUGAGAACCCAACUUGAGGUUCUUAAACAGCAGGUCCAAAUAUACGAGGAAGACUUCAGGAAGGAGAGAUCUGACCGGGAGAGGCUUAAUGAGGAGAAAGAAGCAUUGCAGAAAAUUAAUGAGAGAUUGCAAUCUCAACUGAGUAAACUCAGCUCUCAGACAAAAGAGCUCCCAGUACAGCCUGAGAGGCCCAGUUACCCAGCUCCACUCUUCCUCCCGCCGUGUGUCACUUAUGGGGGUUGUGGGAUGGUUCUUCACUGUCCGGAUCCUCGGGCACAUCCAGCGCCUCGCAGGGCACAGAAGCAGCAGCAGCAGUGCUCGCCAGACUAUCAGUGGUAUGUUCCUGACCAGCUUCCGCCAGAUGUGCAGCACAAGGCAAAUGAUUCCUCCCUGGAGAAGGGAGCCCAUCGCUGACAGCCUCCGGCCUGCAGGAGUGUAAACCAAAGGCUGCAAGGGACUCUUGCAACUUCAUUAUUCUGUUUUCUUCUGGGGUUUUUUUGCUCCUAGCUCCUUAUCUCUUCAGUGCAUGUGAUUUAUGUCUGGUAAAAUCCCUGUGAGGACAAUAGAAAAGCAGCUCAUACAGGCUAGUGAUCCUCAGGAUCCAGUUAAACUCUGCUGGGAAGCGUUACUGCCCUUUGUUCUGAAGAUGCUGUUUGUGCUGCCUUGUGAGAAUCUCUUUAAAAGCCUGAUGAGAAGAGAUGCAGUUCUUGCUGAGGAUUCAGACUGUCACAUCUGGUUUGGAUUCAAGAGCUUACAAGCCCCAUAGUGGUGUGAUUUUUUGUGGUGGUUGUUGUUCGGGAAUGAUGAGGGUUUUUAUUUGAUUCCAGGGAAUGGUUUGUUGAUUGAUCACCUUGAAUUCUGUCCUCUCCUUCUUGGUAAAAGGAAAAUCUGCUUCACUGUUUAAACUCCUUUGUGUAAUUGUGAUCAGGGUACCACCUAUGCCAAGCCAGGUAAAAGGUGCCCACCUCCCCUUUUGAGUCCAGGUCAGAUCUCCUUGUUUUGGCUCUCAAAUUACAUGUAAAGCAUAAUCACAUGGGCUUUUUCUGUGUGUACUUAUUUAUAUUGCAAGAAUUUUAGUAAGAAUAUUGAAUGAGUUUAACUUCUCCAUGAAUAUGGCUUUAUAUUUCCAAAUUAUUCUUGUAAUGAAUCUGAACAUUGUCAUGUAACUUCUAACCAAGAAUAAAGCCUGGCUUUUAAAGUGAAAUUGUAUUUAGACUAUAAUUUUUUUCAGAAAAUGUUCUGGAUGAGUGUCCAGCAAACAUUAUUUGAUAAUCUAUGUGCAAGAUUGUCUCUUCCCUUCAGGCUUUUAAGAAGGCUGCUGUUGAGAAACAGGUAUCCAAACCUGCUGGGACCCCACCUAAAAGAAGAAAGAUAUUUUUGCAGGACAUGAGAUGUCCUCAUGAUAGCUCAGGAGUAUUUAAUAUGGAUUUAAGUUCUGACACAAACAAUGUUUUGGACUGUGCAAAGACAGAGUCCUCAGCUACACAAUGGCCUG